UCUAGAGCAGAGCUGCCCACAGAACCCUCUGCCCUGCGGGCUGUCGAGCGCUGGAAACGUGCGUAGGAGCGGAAUUUUUAUUUUAACCAGGUCCACGUGGGUCUAGUGGCUACCAUAUUGGACAGCGCAGUGCUGGAGGGUCCCUGGAUGGGCUUGGACAUUUUCUGAAUCUUUUGGUUUUUCCAGGAAGGGCGUCCACGGCUUUUGUCAGACUCUCAAACCCACAACCAACUUGACAAUCUGCAGCUUUAGGGCUUUGGUGAAAAGUGAGCAAUUGAGAGAGCUACGUAUGCCCUCUGGUAACCACUGCUGCCUCUCCUCUCUCCUUUUGCCCUGUCCUCUGCUGUAGGUGGCUCCCUGCCCCACAAUUACACAAAGAAACCAGUUGCAAUCUGAGACUUCAGGCUCGGGAUAAGUUGUACACUGCUGGAAGGGGCGAUGGCGGUGGCCCUGGGGUGUGCCAUCCAGGCCUCCCUGAAUCAGGGCUCGGUGUUUCAAGAGUAUGAUACUGACUGUGAAGUCUUCCGCCAGCGCUUCCGGCAGUUCCAGUACAAAGAAGCAGCCGGGCCCUACGAAGCUUUCAACAAACUCUGGGAGCUCUGCUGUCAGUGGCUGAAGCCAAAGAUGCGUUCGAAGGAGCAAAUCCUGGAGCUGCUAGUGUUGGAGCAAUUCCUAACCAUUCUGCCCAUGGAGAUAGAGACCUGGGUGAGGCCAUUCGGCCUACAAAAUAAAGAAAUCAUUUUGGCACUGGUAGAAUUCUUACAGACAGAACCUGAGAUACAAGAGGAGCAGAUCGACAGGCAGGAAAUGCUGUUGGAAGAACUGGCACCAGUGGAGAUGGAACACAUGCCACCAGACAUCCACCUGGAGUCACCCCCCCUCCAAGUCUUGGGACCUGGCCCCGAGGCCCCAGUGGCAGAGGCGUGGAUGCCACAGGUGGGGCCGCAGGAGCUGGGCUUUGGUGCUGCUGGGGCGUGCCAGCCCUUUCUGGACCCUGAACACCCACGAUCAAAGGCUGAGCAGAGGUCCCCAGAAGAGCAGGGACAAGAGCCAUGGGUGAAGACAAUACAGGAUCCCAAGGAAGUGAAGCAACAAUUACUUGACCCCGAGAUAGAGUCCCUUUUGUCUCCAUUCAGUGACAUCUGCAAUUUCUGGUCCUUCUCUCAAGUUUGCUGUUGGGAGAGAAAAUAUGUCAAGCAGAAACAGCUGGAGAGUGUGUGUCCAUUUUCUGUUUCUUUAGAUGGAAAUGCACUGCUUGGUCCCAGUUUACCCGAAUACUCUGAACAGCUAGAAAAUCACUUGGGAAACCCUGCAGAGCAUCUACCCAGAGACUGCACACUGCCUGUCCCUGAGCAGAAGCCUGCUCUAGGAGGGACAGCUGAGAGCGCCAACCAGGGAGACCCUCUCAGCCCCAGAGCCCAGGAGUCAAACCGUCCCGGAGAGAAACCACACCGAUGCGCGCACUGUGGGAAACGUUUUGCUAACAAGAAGCUCCUUAAUGGGCACCUGAAAAUUCAUUUGGGAGAGCUCCCUCACAAGUGCCUCGAAUGUGGCAAAGGAUUCCUUCGUAGGUCAGACCUCUCCAGGCAUCAGCGAAUCCACACGGGGGAGACACCCUAUGAAUGUCCCGUGUGUAACAAGCGAUUCACCCAGGGCUCACACCUUAAAUUGCACCAGAAAGCCUAUUCUCAGCAAGAAACAUACCGCUGCGCGGAGUGUAGGAAGAGUUUUUGUAAUCGAACAAGUUUUAUAAGACACCUGAAAGCACACACAGGUGGAAAACCCCACAGGUGUCACAGUUGUGGGAAGAGUUUUAGUCGACAGACAGAUCUUACUUUGCACCAGAGAACACACACUGAAGAGAGGCCGUUUAUAUGCGAGUAUUGUGGGAAAAGCUAUAGGCAGAGAUCAAGCCUUGCUUUUCAUUUAAGAAUCCAUGCAGAGCAGAGGCCGUAGAAGCGUAGUCAUUGUCCUCCAAGCUUCAUAAAGGAUGCCGGCCUUCGGAUGCACCAAGCCGCUCACUUCAGAGAAGAGCUCUCUGAGAGUUUGUUGAGGGAAUCAGCUCCGACACAAAUCAACACGAAUUCCCAAAAGCCUCUGCCUACACUGGGCUGUCUGGGAAGAACAUUUUGUUUGAGUUCAUUCAUUACAACAGCUGUAUGUUUUACUGGUUUAAAACCCAUCUUCCAAGGCCAGUAAAUUCUAGAGUAUUCACUGACUCUUGCCAUCAUUCUGGAUUUCAUUUUUUUUCUGUCUCGGCGAGCCUUACUUAAUCAUUACGAUGGAAAUGUCUUUGUCCCAAGCCGACUGCAGCACAGGUGUAAGUAAGAAGCAUAUAAAUGCUGGCAUUCCCUUCAGAUCUCGGGUCAGUAUCCCAGUCAACAGGGUUGUGCCCAGAUGACCUGUAUCUAUGCGAUACUGUAUUCCCAAGGAAAUGGGUGUGCUCUUCCUGUUUCGUUCCCACUGACUAGUUGUUGGAGCACCAUGCAGAUGCUGCCCCAAUGGGGACAAGGAGCACUUCCCUUGACCCCCGCUUACACCACGUGUCAGAAUCACUGUCUCCUGUGCAGCCAUUCCUAUGCUUAUACAUCAUUUGAGUGUUUAACACAGUCCAUUUUUGAAAUCUGGUGCAUUUCAAAAAGAUAGGGGCAAGGAAAGAUGUCCAACUCAUAAAGUACUAUGAAGGGCAGAGAACAAUACCCACCACACAAGGACAAGCAAGAGUGAAUGGAACAUAUUAACAUGGAGGCCCUACCCAGAGUGAACUUCCAUUAAAUAUGGUAUUUUCUUUCUUUGUUCUUUGAAACGAUGAAAGCAUUGAAGACUUUGAACUUUGUCUAGCUUUGGUCACAUUCCAUGAAUCUUAUACAAUGUUCUUAUUUAUGAUUUUGCAAUGGUUUGUUAUUGAAGUUUUCAUUUUAUUUUUUCUCUGCCCCACAGUUGGACAAUUUUGACAUUUUCCUGUCAUUUUUUGGUUAUAAUUCAUUUUCAUUAAUAAAUGAGGUUCAUUCUAUUUCUGCUCUGAAGUUCAUUUAAUUUUCCUUGAAGACUUAUGUCCUAAGACCAUAGAGAAUAAAGGUUCCAUUUGUAAGGUGCACAAAUGUCUCUGGUAGUCUGGGGACUCAAUGACUUUUGUGGCAUUGGAAGUAUCCCUGGUGCUCCUGAAGUGGCAGUGACACAGAGUAGGUUGACUUGCUCCCCAUUCUGAAUGCCUGCAUCCGUGUACUCCCCAUUCCCUUCUUAAGAGGUUUUUUGGACUCAUCUUAUGGAUGUUAUACAGCAAUUGUGGGUAGGUGCCCCGCUGUCAAGGCUGGCAGUGAAAGCAGGAAGCCGAAGCGCCUAGGCGAGACCUAGUCUCCCCACACCCAGCUGAGAAAGCUCUCCCUUGAGAUUCCGUAGUGGUCUGUACUCCUGAAAACAGAGAGAAGUUGCAAUGGGCACUUUGAGGUUUCUGGAACAGGCCCUCUUGAAUCAGCAGGGCUUGUUUCACAGCAUGCUGAGGAGGUUGUCUAGGCCAAAAUCAAGGUACUGUACGGGUGAAUCAGCCCCCAAGUGGCUCGCCAUCAGGUGGGGGAGGUGCAAAUUACACUUUUCUCACUUGCACCUGCAGUUACCACGACAUUCUGAAGAGAAACAGUCUUGGUCACCCCCAGGAAACUGUAUGAUCUUUCCUCUUGAAGCCCUCUCUCAUUUCCAACCUUGUGAUAUGAGUUAAGUAAUCACAUAAAUAACCAAAGCUCAUCUUUAAGCCUGAGGCUCAGUUCUCUACUUCCUGCCCUGUAGUCUUCUGUGACACAUGUGGAAUGGAAUGGAUUAAGAGCUCAUCUCUCAGCUUGUCUUUAGCGUAUAUGCUGAGUUUACUCAGCUCCAAUUCUCAGAUGGUAACAACUGGGAUUGGGGAGUUGGAUUCCAAUCCAGUUUUUGUUGUCAGACAGGACUUCUCAGAGGUCUAGCACAGGCCAGGUCCACACUGUUAAGGUGUUAAGGAUCUUGAAUAAUAAACUAUUACAAACAUAUUGAUAUAUUUAAAAGAUUUAUCUUUCAUUAGUGUCUUUAAUACCCAACAUAAGAAUAGGAAUGUAUGAAUUACUGGAGAUGAUGUCAAAAAACUAAAUUGGAGGCCCUUUCAAGAAGGUCAGACCAUACCAGUUGGUCCUGAGAGAGGCCUUUUUGGUCUAAUUGGCAUUGCAUUUUAUAGUAAUUGUUCCUUAGCCAUCUCUUCCAACGAGGCUCCCUUCCUAAAAAGAAGAGAGUGUAGAAGGCAAGCAGUGAAGGACAGGAGGCCGCUCAUCUUAGUCUGUGGUGGUGGGGGGGAAUACCUCCACUGCCACAUCUCCUGAGACACCUCAGUUCACCCUGGAUGGGCUGGAGUUCCUUCUCUUAAGAUAUAACUCUCAGGGUAUCCUUCGCAUGCAAAAGAGUCCUCCCAACACACCAAGGUAAGAAGAAAGAGUGAAGGAAGUCUAUGAUUCUCAUUACAAGUCUUCCCCUUUCAAGCUGAGAGCUGGUAAUAUUAGCUUGAGAGGUCUUUCAAAUGUGUACGAAAUAGAUGAUCUUGACAAGCCUCCACAUCUUGGUUUAUUUGUUGUAGCACUUUUAAAACACUGCUGCAGAUGCCUUCCUAUGGACCUAUGGCAGGUAGAAAAACAUGCCCUCCACAAAGAUUUCCAAGCCCUAAUCUCCAGAACCUGUUAAUAUGGUAUAUUACAUCACAAAAGGGACUUUGUAUGUGUUAAGGAUCUUCAUAUGGCAAGAUUUUGCUGGAUUAUCCAGGUUGGUCCAAUAUAAUCAUAACAGACCUUAUAACAGUGAGGUGGGAGGAUCAGAGUGAGUAGUAGGAGAUAUGACGACAGAUGCAAGAGGUUGGAGUAAUGCCAGGAAGGGGCCAUGAACCACACAAUUCAGGGAAGCUGAAAAUGGCAAAGAAAUAGUUUCUCCCUCCAGUCUCCAACAAGAACUUGGCCCAGCAGGCAUCUUGACUUUAGACCUCUGUCUUUCAGAAUUGUAUUAUAAUAAAUUUGUGUUGUUUUAAGCUGCUAAAUUUGUGGUCAUUCGUUACAACAGCAAUAGGAAACUCAUACAUUUAACAUCAAGAUGUGAGGUAUAUGUCCCCUGACCUCAAGACUUAGCAGGCUUGAGCCGGCUGCUAGUUGAGUACAGCAAAAGUGAUGCUGUAUGAAUUCCGAGGUGAGGUCCUAUAAGACCAUGUGGCUUCCAUUUUGUCACUAGGGGAAAAGGGGAGAGAUUCUGUGCCCCAGUGAAAGGGUCUGUGUCUAUGUUAACCUGAUGCCUGCUUUGUGUAUGUGUGUGUUGGUGUUUCCUUUGGAGGUUGGUCCCUGUUGUGUUUACGUCCAUAUUUUUUCAAGGUUCCUUGUUUGACUUGUAAAAUUCAACUCAUCCUAGUUUUCAAACUAUCAGUUUUCACUUAUUUGUUUCUCUAUGGGCACAAUCUGCUUUUACAAAUCACUUUCUAAAUCCUGCGCACCCCAGUGAAACAAACAUCUCAGUUACUGAGAUUUUUACACUUUGACGAUGUAUAGGUUACGAACAAAAACA